CAAGGAUGAAGCACGCGCUGCUUCUGCUGUCGGCGGCGCUGCUCGGUGGCGUCGCCUCCAAGCACCACCAUGCGAGCCAGCACCACCACCUCUCCAAGCAUGAGCGCCACGAGAGAGAGAAAUGCUGCCACCGCACCAUGCACGGUCGGGAGCACUGGCACCCGCACCACCCCGAGUACACGCCGCCCGAGGUGACGCCGGCGCAGCGGCACGAGAUCGAUAACGUGCUCCCGACGGCGUUCGACUGGUGCGAGCAAGGGGUGUGCGGGCCGUCGUGGAACCAGCACGUUCCGCAGUACUGUGGGUCGUGCUACCUCCACGGCGCGCUCUCGCAGGCCCAAGACCGCAUCAAGAUCAUGCACGCCAAGAAAGGCUUCACUGGCGCCGAUGUCAUGCUCGGGCGCCAGAGCUUCCUCAACUGCGCACCGGGGCACAACAUCUCGAAUGGCUGCGACGGCGGCGAAGGCAUUGACGUGUGGCGCUUCAUGUCCGACUACGGCCUUCCAGAUGAGACGUGCCUCCCGUACAACGCGACCGACUACGCCAAGUACACGUGGACGAAUGGCACGUGCCCGCCCGAGGGCUACUGCAUGAACUGCAUGUACACGCCCGAGAGCCCCAAGGUGGCGCAGUGCUUUCCGGUGACCAAGAUGGUCCGGUACCGCGCGGCGUCGUAUGGUAACAUCAAAGGCGAACACGCGAUGAUGAAGGAGCUGCUCAACGGCCCGAUCACGUGCGGCAUCGCCUGCAGCGACGGCUUCACGUUCAACUACUCGGCCGGCAUCUUCAACGACACGACCGGCUUUAUGGACGUCGACCACGACGUCGAGAUUGUCGGCUACGGCGAGGAAGACGGCGUCAAGUACUGGCACAUCCGCAACUCGUGGGGUACCUACUGGGGCGAGAACGGCUUCUUCAAGAUCGUCCGCGGCAGCAACAACCUCGGUAUCGAGUCCGACUGCACGUUUGUCGUACCGGAUGUGAGCCAAGAAGAUCUUGUCUGGAGCCAAGCGCCGGCGUACGGUGGGUCCAUCUGGGGUCUCCGGCCCUUCUCGGACGCUGCCAAGGCGCACCCGACCGUCCCCGAUACACUGGAUGUUACGGGCGGCCAAGGGAGACCGUUGCCGACGCCGUCCCCCGAGGCAACCGUCGACCCAUCGAAAACACCCGCACCCACGACGACCGAGAUCGUAGUCAGCACCCCGACGCCCCAGUCGAGCGCCCGCAAGUCCACGGCUCCCAAACCGACCGAGGAAGGGCCAUCGACGCCAGAGCCGACCACCGAGACGCCCGAGCCAACGAUCAAGACCCCAAAGCCGACAACUGAGACACCAGAGCCAGCUACUGUGACUACCGAGACGCCCGAGCCAACGACGGAAAUCAUUUUGCCGAGCCCAACGCCGACAACCGCCGAGAUUCCGACGCCGGCGGCGACGACCCAUCGACCGCCUGUCACGCCCCGCGCAACACCGGUACCAACAAGCAACGGGACGGACGACACCAUCAUGGCGCAGUCGGCGUCGUCUUCGUCCGCCUCGUCGUUGUCGACGUCGUCGCUCGUCUGCCUCGGAGUGCUCACGGUGAUUGUCGCCGGCGUUGUUCUCCGCCGCUUUGCCAGCCGCCACGCUCGCCACGGCGCGUACGACAUCAUCAACUGAUCUUCAUACGCUCCAUAAUAUGCCUUCAAUGCACACCGAAACCUUCGA